AUGGCGGGUGCAGCAUUUUUAACUGAAGUAGCCAUUGAACCUCUGUCUUCAAUAAUUCAUAGCUCACUUUUCCCAUGUAGGUUUUCGAUUUCUCAUAGCCCCUUUUUUGGAAUUCCUCGAAAAACGAAGAAGCAGAGCGGGAUUACAACGAGCAGCGCAUUGAGUAAUGGCGGUGGGGUAAUUAUCGAAAAGAAAGAGUUUGAAUUCAAGCCAUCAUUCGACGACUAUUUGAAGGCCAUGGAGAAUGUCAAAAUCGACAGAGAUAGUAAUAAUCACAGUAGUAAUAGUUUGAGGAAAAAGAAGCAUUUCAAGGGCAAGAAGGAGGGAGAAGGAAGUACUAAAUUUACAGAUUUUGAGGAUUUUAGAGUUGAGAAAGAGGAGGAUAGUGAUAAGAUGAUUGUUAAAGAAAAAUUAGAAAAGGGUGUCUCCUACAGGAAAAUUGCAUCAAAAAAGGUAACUGAUAACAAUAUAAAACAGAUUAGGGUUACGAGAAAUAGUGAGAAUUUGGACAUGGAAAGAGCUGCAUUCAUGUCACUGGAGAAUGAACACAAUGUUAUUGACAUGCCAAGAAUUUCAAGGGUGGACAUGGAGGAGAGACUUCAGAAGCUAGCUAGGUGUCUGAAUGCUGCAGACAUUAACAUGCCUGAAUGGAAGUUCACUAAAAUGAUGCGAAGUGCUCAGAUCAGAUUCUCAGACCAUUCUAUUAUGAGGAUUAUCCAGAUAUUGGGUAAGCUUGGAAACUGGAAGCGUGUGCUGCAGGUUAUUGAAUGGAUUCAAUCACGUGAACGCUUCAAAUCGCACAAGAUACGAUUUAUUUAUACUGCUGCAUUGGAUGCUCUUGGAAAGGCAAGGAGGCCAGUGGAAGCACUCAAUUUGUUUCGCCAAAUGCUGGAGCACAUGGCUUCAUACCCGGACAUCGUCGCAUAUCAUUGUAUCGCUGUGACUCUUGGACAAGCGGGGCAUAUGAAGGAACUGUUUGACGUUGUUGAUAUCAUGCGGUCUCCUCCCAAAAAGAAGUUUAAGACUAUGAUCCUUGAAAAGUGGGAUCCACGAUUGGAACCAGAUGUUAUCAUCUACAACGCUGUCCUUAAUGCAUGUGUUCGGCGUAAGAAAUGGGAAGGCGCUUUCUGGGUUCUACAGGAGCUAAAGCAUCAGGGUCAACAACCUUUAAGCACAACUUAUGGAUUAGUUAUGGAGUUAAUGUUUGCAUGCGGCAAGUACAACUUGGUCCAUGAUUUUUUCAAGAAAGUGCAGAAAUCAUGCAUACCGAAUGCUUUGACAUAUAAAGUUGUUGUGAAUACUCUUUGGAAGGAAGGUAAAGCUGAUGAGGCUAUAAUGGCUGUUGAAGACAUGGAGAGGCGCGGAAUAGUUGGUACAGCUGGUCUGUAUUAUGACCUUGCUCGUUGCCUUUGUAGUGCAGGAAGGUGCCAGGAGGCUCUGAAGCAAAUUGACAAGAUAUGCAAAGUUGCAAGCAAACCUCUUGUAGUAACUUACACCGGUUUAAUUCAAGCCUGUCUUGAUUCUGGUGACAUUCAAAAUGGGGUGUAUGUCUUUAAUUACAUGCAGAAGUUCUGCUCUCCAAAUUUGAUAACUUGUAAUAUAAUGCUGAAAGCUUUCUUGGAUCUCGGGAUGUUCGAAGAAGCCAAACUAUUGUUUCUAAAAUUAUUGGAAAAUGGCAACUCGGUUUACCAGAAAUCGGAUUAUAAAGAUAGGAUUCUACCUGAUAUUUACUCAUUCAACACGAUGUUAGAUGCAUGCGCUGCGGAGAAGAAGUGGGAUGAUGUUGAGUUUGUAUAUACACAAAUGCUGCAAUAUGGACACCAUUUCAAUGCUAAACGUCACCUUCGGAUCAUAUUGGAUGCACGUAGUGCUGGAAAGAAGAAACUGUUGGAGACAACAUGGAAGCACUUGGUAGAGGCUGAACGGAUUCCACCACCUACUCUUAUUACAGAAGUUUUUUGCUCAAGAUUGGAGGAGGGUGACUGUAAUGCUGCUCUCUCUAGCUUUCUUAGCUCUCCUUGGAUUGGGGUACAUGUAUUUUCCAAAAAGUCUUGGACGAAAAUCUUAACGGAGAAUGGCCACCGGUUUCAGAAGGACACUCUGGUUGCAUUAAUGCAUGAGGUAAGCAUCCUUGUCGCCAGAAGUGAAAACGUUGUACUCGAGCAACUAAUGAGAUCUUGUAAAGAAUUUUUGAAGAUGCAAAUGCAACAGACUCUGUAA